AUGUCUCGCAUUUACGAUUCAAACGAGUACCAAAAUGAAGCUGGAAAUAGCUCGGAAAGAAAUUGCUCAGAAUGGAAGCGGAAAAAGAAUGUGAUUCAGAGGACUGCACAACAACAGCAUGUCACAUCCAUGCCAGUCACAUAUAUUGCUCGGCCUAGCUAUUGUCCUAUAGAAGACGGUUUAUGGCAAUCUAGGCGGCCGAAGCAAGAGUAUAAGAAUAUGGCCAGUAGCUUGGGUCUGGGAUAUCGUAGUGUAAAAUCGUUGAACACUAUUAGUCAGACUCAUAAUUUGGAACUUCGAUUACGUGCUGGUUCACCACAGAUUCCAUCCAGUAUUGGUGAUAUUAUUAAUACAGAACAUGGUUUCACGAUUCAACUAGACACAAGACAUUUCCAACCGAGAGAUAUUCAGGUAACUUUACAUCAGAACACGCUUAGUGUAACUGGGGAUCGCUUAGAAGAUGAUGGUACUGGUGCGCAAAGACUACAUCGAAGUUUCACACGGAAGUAUAUAAUCCCUUCUGAUGUUCGACUUUCUUCCUUAUCAUCCUACACCACCAAUAAUGGCUAUUUAAUCAUCAAGGGUAGCCGAAAAGGCUGGAAGGAAACCGACUUAACGAAGCAUUUGGCAUCUACAUCAAUAUCCAACGAAUCAAUGACAAGUGCUGUUUGA